CACCACAACCCAUUCUUCCUUCUCUCUCUAGAAUUUAUCUUUCUAAACCCUCCCCUCCCCUCCCAAAUGCCUAGGAAAUAGUGGUCUGUUGGUUGCGGCUAAGUCCUAUCUGCCAUCAGAAAACAUUUCUUAGGUUUUUUCCUCAAAACCCGCCGAGCCGAAUCUCUGUCCGAAUUUUAGGUUUUUCCUAAAAACCCUCAGAGCCUAGCCAAAUCUCUGUCCGAAUUUCCCGAAAAAAUGAGCGAUUGGUGGCAAGGAGAGGGAGUUUAUGUUGAUGAAUUUCUAGCGGUACGUACUCAUUAUUCUGGUUUAAUCUUUGUUGUUGUUAUAAGCUUUUUAAUUAAUCUAUGUACUAACCUCGUUGUUAUUUUCUCGUAGGUUGGGGACGACGUGGAUAUAUACAACCAACGGUAUUAUCUCGAGCAAGGACCGUUGGAUCCAACUGACUUGUAUGACCAACCCAACCAUUGGUCAAGGGAUGUUUGGAACGAUCUCCGGGUACAUACAAUUCUUCACCAUUUGUCUUUCUUUUAUUUUGCUAAUGUAUUUAGUGGAAUAUAAAAUAAUUUUAUGUUGAAUUUUUAAUCGUGUUGGUUGUUUUCAAUAAUUUAAUCGAAUACAUAGCGCCACUUACUUCGACUCUUUAUAAAGAGAUGCACGUCUAAGGAAAUGGGGUUUUAAGAGAUUAUCAUAUCCUCCCAUUCUCUGGGAAAAUCAGGUAUUAAGAGAUCCUCAGAUCCCCCCUUUUUCUGUCAAAAAGACUGCGUUUCUAAGAAGAUGUAUACCUCUUCUAAGAGUAUAACGAGUGUUGCUCUGUAUUCGAUUAAAUUAUUUAAAACAACCAAUACGAUUAAAUUAUUUACCAAACAACCAAUACAAUUUAUUUUUAUGUGUACAAAAUGAAUUUUAUUAAUUUCAAACAUUUGAAUAUGUAUGUUUCUCUUUAAAUUAUUAUUCAUUUACAAUGUUAUUUAUGUUAAUUCAUUUAGUAUGUUUGUUUUACGAUAAUAUGUAUGUAUCAUUUUAAAUUAUUCUUCAUUAAGAAUGUUAUUAUGUUAAUUAAUUUAGAAUUUUUUUUAUGAUAAUAUGUAUGUAUCUCUUUAAAUUAUUAUUGAUUUAGAAUGUUAUUAUGUUAAUUAUAUGAAAUAUAUUUUUAUGAUAAUAAAAUUCGGCUUGAAGUUAAAUAAUUUAAUUUAAUUAAUUUAGUUUUAAGAAAAAACCCUUACUAAUAUAUAAUAAUUAACGUGUAAAGUUUCGCUAGGAGGCACAAACAAUACUCCGCUACAGGGGUACGACCAAUGUGCUCCCAUUCCACCCAGCUAUCUUGCCCUUUCUCAAAAGGGCACGGUUGGACCCGAUUAGGCAUUUUAACGGCAUCAAAGUUGAUCGCCAACUCAUCACCGCAUUAGUUGAGAGAUGGAGAAAGUAAACCCAUUGUUUCAACUUUAGAGAAGGAGAGGCCACCAUCACGCUAAAGGAUGUCGCCAUCCUAACCCAUCUGCUCAUCGACGACAAACCAGUGUGCGCGAGUGAUCAUCCACACGAGGAUCGUGACGGUAUGCCCGGUUGGGUUCAUUUCAUCCACAGUGUUUUGGGAGUGAAAGUACCAGUCAAGGGGAGCGUUGAUGCGACCGAUCGCUUGCCACCAAUGAGGAAACACCAAGUUUCAAUUACUUGGUUGACGAAGUAUUUUAGAGACCAUUACGAGAGUCACCCCCUAACCGAGGAAAGUCCGGAGGAUGAGAAGGAAAGAUAUGCUUGUGUCUAUCUCAUAGGCAUGAUCGGAGGAGUGUUCUUCUCCAAAAAAUAAGCAAUCUCCUUAGCUGUGGAUGGCUUAGGAUCAUCCUCGGUAGUUGGGAGGAGAUGGGCGAGUAUAGAUGGGCAUCCGCUUGCCUAGCUAAUAUCUACCACAAUUUGUGCAAUGCGUCUCUAAAAGCUGUGAGGGAGGUCGGCGACGCAAUGUUCGUCGUCCAAUUUUGGGCUUGGGAGCAUAUGCCAUGGAUUGCGCCGGUCCAACGUCCCGACAGGGAUUGGCCAAUCGAUCAUCCCCUAAGAGGUGAAGCUUAUGGUACAAGGUGGCUCGGACACACAACAUGCGACAAACUUGCCCAACACAAGUUGGACGAGUAUGGGAGGAGGUUUGAGCGACUUUGGGAAGGAGAGAUCGUCUUCGAUUCAUACACGGAGAACAUCGUUCAUUGGCAUCUCCAACAAUUCCCCGAUCAUAUCGGGCAAUGGUGCACGAGGGUCCCUCUAAUUUGUUUUGGGACCGUGGAGUGGCACUUGCCGGAUCGAUGCCUCCGUCAGUUUGGUCGGGAGCAGUGCAUUCCGUUGGAGGUCCCCGAUAGUCAAAGGGCCUUUCAUGGCCGAGAUGGUCGGCAAGGUACUCGCGAUUGGCCCACGAAGUUGGCGAAAUUCAUCACGACGUGGGACAACCGACAAAUGCAGGAUAUUGUCACUCCAACUCAAGUGGGUCGAAUGGGGUAUCAUGACCCAUACUUGGAUCGAUAUAGGCAAACAUCGGCUCGUUACAUGACUCCGGAGGGUGCGAUCGAUGGUACAUUUGCUGAUGGGAUCGAGCGGAUCAAAGAUAUGACCACCGGGAGAGUUGAGCUGGGCAAUGAAGAUGUGAGCUUCAUAAGGAGGAUGGCAAACAGUCUGCUUGGCUGCACCAGAGCUCAGGGUCGGGAUCAUCGUAGAUAUCCGCCCAUGCCCGCACCCCCGCCACCUCCGUUACAAGUUGAUGUCCCCGCGCCCCAACCACCAUAUGAGAGAAAGAAGAGCAAGAGGGUUCGGGAAAGGCCCAACGUGCCCGACGUAACGUCGUAUUAGGAGUGGAAAGUGCCGCCCCCAUUGGUUGUGACACAUGGUGCCGGCCCGAGUUCCACCCAAACUUCCCGCCCGAGCUCCCCCCAAGGUGCCGCCCCAAGUUCCACCCAAGCUCCCCGCCCGAGUUCUGCCCAGGAUCCCCGCCCGAGUUCAUCCCAAGAGUACCGCCCCUCCUACCACAACGAUCCCCACCCAAGCUCAUACUACGAUCCUCGCUCGACCUACCAUCAAUCCCCUUCGAGUCUCUUCCAUCUGAUCCAGCUCAUGAAAGGCACCUUCAUCAGCUCCAUAAUGGUAGUUGUGAAAACUACCACUGCCUGAGUGGAAGUUGUACUGGGGUUGGUUGGCAUGGUCCGGUUGAACUUCUUCUUCAUAUGACGGGUAAGAUUGAUGAUGACCUUCACCUUGCUCUUGGUACUGAAAAUAGGAAUGAGGAUCAUGGUAACUUUGGUAGUGAUGAUCUCCAUAUAAUUCACCUCCACCAUGGAUACCAGAUGUUUGAUCGUCUGCAGAAUGACCUCCAACACCUACGACCGGCUCGGUGUAAACGAACAUCUUGGCUUUGGAAAGUUCGUUGGACCUCAAGAAUUCCAGCAUGGCAUCUACCUCAUCCUGAGUGGUUAUGAGAUAUUCCUCGUGCGACAACGACCCGCCUUCUCUGUUUGGAUAUCGGUACACCAUACGAUAAAAUCUUCUCGUGCCAUCCAUGCAAGUAACGUUAGUACACAUUUGAUAGAUUUCUUCAAGCAUCGGUCUGGUAGCGACCUUUAUUUUCUGAAAAUUGCCACCGACGUAGGUGACCCCCUUUCCGCUCUCGUCUGUGUAACCAUUCCACCGUAACGCGGCGUGAACUUUUGGAAUGCCAUCUGUAAAAAAAAAAAACAGUAGUUCAACUAAUAUCAUAAAAAUCACAAAUCACAAUUCACAAUAAAAAGUAAUACAAAAAAAACUUACGAGUUAACGUUAACCACAAAAAUACUAGAGAAAUAUGGAGCUACAAUAGAAAAUUGAAAAGGGAGAAGGAGAGGCGUGAAGAGAAGAAGAUUUCCCGGCUGCCUUUUAUAAGCAAAAUCAUCAAUGAAAAUCGCACCUUAGAGGUGCGUUUUUCAUCUGCCAUGCAGCCCCACGUCUGUGAAUCUGCAUGGCUGCUUGUCUGGUGUCGGAAAAUAAUUGCCACACAAACCGCACUUGGGGGGUCGGUUUGUGUGGCAAAACCGCACCUUGGGGAUGCGGCUUUGUUUUGGAGAAACAAACCGCAUCUCCAAGGUGCGGUUUUGCUAGGUCAGACCGCACCUCGGCCAAGCGAUUUUUGUAGAUCAGACCUGAAACCGCUUGGCCAAGAUGCGGUUUUGGCCCAGGAUUAUGGACCGCACCUUAGAGGUGCGGUUUAUAUAUAAAAUGCACCAGGAGGGUGCGGGUUAUAUAUAAAACACACCUCUAAGGUGCGCUCCAUAAAAAUGGUGCUAUUUUUGUAAUUUUUUUAAAAGGUGCCAUUUCUGGAAAAAUCCCGCAAUAGAUACGGAACAAGCAGCGGUCCCACUCACGGGAGCGGAUAUGGUAACAACACCAUAUUUGUUGUUAUUGUAACAACACUAGUCUCCAAUAAUUAGAAAGUUAGGAUUGUGAUGACUUUUUAUUAGCUUAGUUGACCUAGUGUAAAAACAAAACAGGGGUAUAAUUGUCAUUAUGAAAAAUAUGUUUAAAUAAUAAUAAAAAUAAAAAAUAAAAAAUAUUUUUCUAUUUUCUGCCCAAAAUUUUGUUCGUCAGAAUUCUGUCACUGGUCCCCGGUCACCGGAAUAUGCUUUUUGUCGCCGGAAUAUGUUUUUUGUCACCGGAAUAUGCUAUUUUUCGCCGAAAUAUGCUUACUGGCGUCAGAAUAUGCUUACCGGCGUCGGAAUCUAGUCAUCAGGGACGGAAUAUGCCUAUCGGCACCGGAAUCCGGUCACUGACGGUCAUCGGAGUUCGGUCAAUGGUUUUCAUUGACUGGUCAACGAACUUCGUUGAACGGUCAACGAUCAUCGGAUGUUAUGGUUAGCAUUGUGAGAUUUAUGGUUUGGUUUCUCAUAUUUUAUUAUGCCUUUUGUGGUUUGCUUUAUCGUGUUUCUAGUUUGCAUUGAGAAGUUUCUGGUUUGCUUUCAAAAACUUUGUGAUUUGCAUUGUGAGGUUUCUGGUUUGUUUUAGUAUAUUUGUGGUCUGCAUUAGGACGUUUAUGGUUUGCUUUUUUGUGGUUUGAUUUACUGUGUUUUUGGUUUGCAUUAGGAGUUUUCUAGUGUUCUUUCGCAAAUGUUGUGGUUUGCUUUGUGAGGUUUGUGGUUUAAAUUUUAGGAGAUUUGUGGUAUGCAUUAGGAGGUUUCUGGUUUGCAUUAAGAAGUUUCUGGUGUGCUUUCGAAACUUUUGUAGUUUGCUUUGCGAGAUUUCUGAUUUGUUUUAAUAUAUUUGUGGUCUGCAUUAGGACAUUUUUGGUUUGCUUUACCGUGUUUGUGGUUUGCAUUAGGGGGUUUCUGGUGUGCUUUUCAAAGUAUUUAUGGUCUGCUUUUUCAGGUUUCUGAUAUGUUUUAGCGAAUUUGUGGUUUGCAUUUGGUGGUUUCCGGUAUGUUUUUUGUGGGCUGCUUUAUUGCGUUUUUGGUGUUAAAAAUAUUUGUGAUUAGAAUUACUAGACACCAAUAUAAAUUACCUAGCUUCUUGUUGUUGGUGAUUAGGUUAGACUAAAUUACUUCAAUAUGGCCUCCUCCUAUUUCAUAACUCAACUGUUUGCUCCCCAUUUCAAACACCCUUCCCUUGCCCAGAAACAAAGGUUUAUUCAUUCUCUGGUCUUCAUUAGUAAAAGUUGUUAUUACUUUAUUCUACUCUGCUACAUUUAUUCUACUCUGCACCAAUUACUUGAAGGCUGAAGCUCUGCCACAUGUAAUACUAUGGGUUUAUUUGGGAAUCUGUUUUCAUUAGUAGCAGGAAGAAUCCAAGCCAACAUCGCCUCCUGGAUUAGGGGAAGAGCAGCAGGAAACUGCUAGCGAAGAGCAUACAAGAGAAUGAAAAAGUUGGCUUUUUAAUCAUCGAUUUGGAGCAGAUCCUGUGAACCGGCGAAACUAAGGAGGAGAAAUCAAACACAGAAACCCAAAUCAAUUAAAUGGUCAGCAAAACUCAGCAAGAGAACCCAAAAAUCAUAGAAAAUCCAACCCUCGGUAGAGAAGAGACAAGUCUCCACCGCCACUGUUGGUGGUUGGAUCUCUCCUCCAAACUUCCAGAUCAGACUUCCGCAGGGGGUAAAGUGGGACGACCAGAUCCUCCUUCUUCGUUUGUCUUCCUUCUGUCGCUGCAUCGACCAGAUCUUCACCGCAUCGGGCUUUGCCCCAUCUCCCGUUCCAGUAUCCCCUCACACGGAUGCUCCUCGUCCACCACUGCUGUCACGAAUUUUCGAAGAGCGACCGUCGUCGUUGUUGUCGUCGGUAUCCUCACCCGACUCUAGGCAUACUGCACGCUCCAUGAUGUGGUGCCAGAGUUAUUGGAUUUGUGCCGGCGCCGGAAGAAGAAGGAACGCUGGGACGAUUGAGAUCCGUAGGGAUUGGGAUUUGGGAGCGGAGAAAUCAGAAACGUGUAUUUAGUUGUUUUUUGUUUUAAUUUAACUUUUAUUUUUAAUGUAUUUGAUUAAUUGACCCUUUUACCCUGAUGUUAUUAUAACAACACUUAAGGUGUUGUUGUUAUACUAUCCGCACCCUCCACUCACUCUAUUAGUUCGUACCAAGGUUGUCAACCCGCGGGUCGAGCCGGAUCCUGUCUAUUUAGUGGGUCAAGGGUUAAUGGAUCACCCGUUUUAGCCCGGAUUAACUUGAUUUAGUCCAAAAAUAUGAAAUAGUCAUUAUAUUUUACUUGUUUUGAAUUUAACAUAAAAAACAAUCGUACUAACAUCAAAUGAGCUAUUUUAACUCAUUUUCAAGGCCGGAUCCAGGUCAACCGGUAGGUCGAUCCACGGGUUGACAACCUUAUUUCGUACUUUCCCCUUAAUAUGUGGUCACCAUCCUCUGUUCAAUUAAUUCAGGUAAAUUGG